AUGGCGGAAGAUGAUCAAAUGGCAAAUGUGAAAUUUUCAACGGGAAAAAAGUUUGGCGAAUGGGUGAUCAAGAAACGUCUCGAUGAAGGCGGCUUCGGACAAGUCUAUCUAGUCGAGAACGCGAAAAAAGAGAAGGCCGCACUCAAGGCCGAAUCGAACGAGGUCGAAGGCGGCUCGGCGAUCAAACUCGAGACGAUGAUUCUGAAGGCGUUGAACAAAAAUGGACCACAACCACAUAUUCCAGUGGUGUAUCAUGCGGCGAAACGCCAAAAAUAUUGUUAUAUGGUAAUGACGUUGUUAGGCGAGAAUUUGAAACAUUUGAAAACUGAUCAACCAAAAGAGAAAUUCACACGCGGAACAUGGAGUCGACUCGGAAUUCAGUGCCUUUAUAGUUUGAAAUACCUUCAUGAUUGCGGAUUUAUUCAUCGAGACAUUAAACCUCAAAAUUUUGUGAUGGGCCAUCCCGAAGACGGCGCCCGCGCCCGAAUGGUGCACAUUCUCGACUUCGGAUUGGCUCGCCCGUUCGCCAGCUAUAACGAGAAAACGAAUAAAUGGGUUGCGCGAAAAGCGCGCGGCACCGCCGAAUUUCGCGGCACCCUUCGCUACACCUCGCCGAAUGUGCACAAUCGAAAAGAGCAAGGCCGCGUCGACGACGUCUGGUCGCUGCUGUUCGUGCUCAUCGAGCUGAACGGCGGCCUGCCGUGGCAACUGGAGAAGGAUCGCGAGAAGGUCGAGCUCAUGAAGAUGAACAUGGAAGAUCGAGUAGUGAUGCAAAAUAUGCCGAUAUGCAUGGGCAACAUUCUUCCGCACCUCAAAUCUUUGGAUUACUACCAGCGGCCAGACUAUCAUCUCUUCUUCAAAUCGCUUUGGCAAGUGAUGACGAAUGAGAAGGUUCAGACGAAUUCACCGUACGAUUGGGAGACCGUCGAGCAGGAGGAGCUGGCGCCUGCUGAUUGGGAGAAGCCCGACGGCGACUUCUUCAAAACCGAUCCCACCGGAAUCUGUGGACCUCCAAAAGACGACGAAAAGAAGACGGUCGAAAUUCAUAUCGAGCAUGAGAAUGACAUGAAACUCAAGAGCAGUCACGAGAAAUCACAAGCAAAGCCAAUUUCAAACAAUAAAUGA